AUGUACGUUCAAUUACCAUUCGACGAAUUAAAAGUUGAUCCUAGCCAGAAGAAACGAGUAGCAUAUUUCUAUGAUGCAGAUGUAGGUAAUUAUUCUUAUGGUGCCGGACAUCCCAUGAAACCUCAUCGUAUCAGAAUGGCACAUUCAUUAAUUAUGAAUUACGGAUUAUACAAAAAGAUGGAAAUUUAUAGAGCAAAACCUGCUACUAAACAAGAAAUGGCUCAAUUUCAUACUGAUGAGUAUAUUGAUUUCUUAAGUAGAGUUACUCCUGAUAAUUUAGAUUUAUUUAACAAAGAACAAAUAAAAUUUAAUGUAGGAGAUGAUUGUCCAGUUUUUGAUGGAUUAUUUGAAUAUUGUGGAAUUUCUGGUGGUGGUUCAAUGGAAGGAGCUGCUAGAUUAAACCGUGGGAAAUGUGAUAUUGCUAUUAAUUAUGCUGGUGGUUUACAUCAUGCUAAAAAAUCUGAAGCUUCAGGGUUUUGUUAUUUAAAUGAUAUUGUUUUAGGUAUUAUUGAAUUAUUACGUUAUCAUCCAAGAGUUCUUUAUAUUGAUAUUGAUAUUCAUCAUGGUGAUGGGGUUGAAGAAGCUUUCUAUACUACUGAUAGAGUUAUGACAUGUUCAUUCCAUAAAUAUGGAGAAUUCUUCCCUGGUACUGGAGAAUUAAGAGAUAUUGGUGUUGGUAAAGGUAAAUAUCAUGCUGUUAAUGUACCUUUAAGAGAUGGGGUUGACGAUGCAAGUUUCAAGUCAAUCUUUGAACCAAUUAUUGGUGGAAUAAUGGAAUGGUAUCAACCAAGUGUAAUUGUAUUACAAUGUGGAGGUGAUUCAUUAAGUGGUGAUAGAUUAGGUUGUUUCAAUUUAUCAAUGUCAGGACAUGCUAAUUGUGUUAAUUUUGUCAAAAAAUUUAAUGUACCUUUAAUGGUUUUAGGUGGAGGUGGUUAUACUAUGAGAAAUGUUGCCAGAACAUGGGCUUUUGAAAGUGGAUUAUUAAAUAAUGUUAAAUUACCAACAGAAUUACCUUAUAAUGAAUAUUAUGAAUAUUAUGGUCCUGAUUAUAAAUUAGAUGUUAGACCAUCGAAUAUGCAUAAUGCUAAUACACCUGAAUUCUUGAAUAAAAUUUUAACCAAUAUUUUAAGUAAUUUAGAUCAUACGAAAUUUGCUCCUUCAGUUCAAAUGAAUGAUGUUCCUCAUGAUUUAGAAGAUAAAGGUGAUGAACAAGAAGAUUCACCCGAAGCUAUUGAUUCAAAAGGAGGAUCCCAAUUUUCUAAAGAUCAACAAAUUGAAAAAGAUAAUGAAUUUUAUGAUGAUGAUGAAAAGGAUAAAGGUGAUAAAAAUAUUAGUGAUAACAAAUUAACUGAUGAAGAAUUAAAAGAAAUUGAAGAUUUAAAUCAUCAAAAUUAA